CAUACAGCCAGGUGAGGGCUUACGGCGAGCUGUCAUCUGAACUGAUGACGACCAGUGGUGUCCGUCAAGGAUGCCCAUUAUCUCCUUUUCUAUUCAACUUCAUCAUAGAUGUGUUAAUGGACUUAACCCUAGGUGACUUCAGCGACUCAGGGAUUGACUUGCUACCAGGGAAUAAUCUCGUUGACUUGGAAUAUGCAGACGAUAUAGUCCUUCUAGGCGAAGACGCUGACGAAAUGCAGAGUCUUCUAAACACCUUGAGCCGCAAUCUACGAAUGUUUGGCAUGCGAUUCGCUCCCGCCAAAUGCAAGAUGAUGUUACAGGACUGGACUACAUCGACGCCUAGUUUAAAAAUAGGAAGUGAAGUGGUAGAGCACGUUGACCGCUUCACUUAUUUGGGAAGUACCAUCAGCCACCAACGGGUUGAUCUCUGACGAAAUCUCAGCACGAAUACAGGGGCUCGUUUCGCAUUUGCCAGUUUACGCCGACUCUGGCGUAGACGAGAUGUUCGACUAUCGACCAAAGGGCGGGUGUACUGCUCAUCAGUCCGCUCCGUCCUCCUUUAUGGUUGUGAGACCUGGCCACUGAGAGUGGAAGACAUGAAAAGACUAGCUGUCUUUGAUCAUAGGUGCCUGCGUUCUAUUUCCCGUGUAAAGUGGCAUAAUAAGGUGAGCAACAUGGAGGUUAGGCGUAGAGUUCUAGGUAAACAGGGGAAAUCAAUCGACGAAGUCGUGAAGCUACAAAGACUGAGAUGGUUAGGACAUGUGUUAC